UCACUUUUAGCUUUAGAAACGAAUGUUUCUUUAGGCGCAUUGGAAAAUGAAAAUUUUGCUAAUUUUUGCCAUUUUGGCAACAUCAUUGAUAGCCAUCAGGGCUCAGUGCGUGAGUCUCAUGCAUUUGAAUCAACGCUAUGAAGUUCUGCUGCAAAUCAAGAUACAACUGGAGAAACGAGUUUUCGAAUUGCAAUCGAUCCUAAAUAGUCAACCGGAUAGAGAUCCUGAAAUUUUGGCACUUAACGCAUCGAUCGCGAUUCUUCAGCAGCAAUCGUGCCAAGUGGUAGUUCAACCCAAUUAUAAUGAGAUCCAAUGGACUUUAAAAAAUGAACUGGCGGACCUUCUAUCCAGCACACUGAGCCUGAAGUCAUUUGUUGCCAAUAUGCUUCAAGAAGCGAAUAUGGGUCUAAACUCUUACCAACAGUGCUUUAAUCAGCUGCAAUUACCAAGGCCACCUCCAACUUGUCCGUCGACACCGCCACCCACGGAUCCUCCGCCACCCACAGAUCCUCCGCAAAGACCACACACUAGCUGCGCUUACUUAGGCCCCUUUAGUGGCAUAACAACAAUUUCUCUGCCCGGUUUGGAUCCGUUUAGCGUUUUAUGCGAUUCUCAGACAGCAGGACCCGGCUGGCUGGUCAUCCAGAACCGAUACGACGGCUCCGAAGAUUUUUAUAGGAGUUGGGCUGAAUAUCGAGAUGGGUUUGGGCGCCUGAGCGGGGAAUUCUUCCUCGGACUGGAGAAAAUUUAUCGGCUGACCAGUUUUCAACGACACGAGCUGUAUAUCUAUGUGCAGACUUUUAAUAACGAUAUUUAUUGGGCUCGAUACGAUAACUUUUACAUAGGCUCUGAGUUUGAAAACUACAGGCUGAAAAACGUCGGUAGCUAUGUAGGUAUGCAAGAAAGACUCGCCAAACAUGUGGGCAAGGAUUUUUCGACUUAUGACCGAGAAAAUAGCCAUAAAGGCUUCUCUCAAAAAUAUCAUGGCGGCUAUUGGUAUUACAAGGGCUUACUGAAAGGAAGCAACCUUAAUGGCAAAUAUUUCCGAACGGAUGUGGAUGAUAUAUCGAGCAUGCACUGGUACAAAAUGAGGUCUAAUAGAGCAACAAAAAUGCUGAUCCGACCUGUGGGUCAAUAUUAAAAUAUAUAUUUCAAUCAUAUAAAGUCGAAAUAUAAAUCGAAAUAAAAAGUGCAAGCAAAAGUCGAAGUGCUUUAAUUAAUCGACUG